AUGGCCUUGGGCGUGCUACUUGUUACAGCCGUCCUGCUGGUGCAUGGGAUCGUAUCGAAGUCGUUUACCGACAAUUCCGAUCUCGGCUACAACAUGAUUGCCGGCGCCAAAGGGGGAAAGCUUCAGCUGGUGCUGAACACGACGUUUUACCUCAGUGAACCGGUCGAAAACGUCCCUUAUACGUUCUACCAGGAGUUUCUCUCUAAGGAUAAGCAGGAGCAGGAACUCGAGUUGAUGAGCCCUGAUAAGCGGGGCGAAUUGACCGACGGCGUUUACUCGAAGAACACCGAAUUCGCCAUUCCUGUUUGCUUGGGCGACUAUUACCAGCACUUCCGCGUCGCGGUUGUCGGUUCGAUGGUUGCCCAGCAGACUGGGCUUAAGAUCGGGGACAAGAUCGCCGCUUCGCAUGGGGGCGAUCCAAACGACAUUCACACCGACUCGCCAUUUACCGUCGUGGGGAUCCUAGCUCCUUCCGGCACCCCCAACGAUCGGGCCGUCUUCGUCAACAUGGAAGGCUUCUACCUGAUGUCGGGCCAUGCCAAAGUGGAGGAGACCGAGGAAGUUGGCGCCAACGUGACCGGAUCGACCAUCUCUCGCAAGCAACCACUGCCGAUCAAGCAACGAGAAGUGACCGCAGUGCUCGUUCGCACGUCGAAUCCAUUUGCUCCGAUCAUUAUCAAGAACCGAGUCAAUGAAGGAAACGUCGCCCAGAUUGUGAUGNNAAGCCUGUUCGAGCUGAUUGUGCAGCCGAUUCAGACAUUGCUGCUGGUGAUCACCGUGUUGAUCUGUAUCGUCUCCGGAAUCUCAAUCCUGGUCAGCAUUUACAACUCGAUGAAUGACCGCAAACGAGAAAUCGCCGUCAUGCGAGCCCUCGGAGCGCGACGGCGAACGGUUAUGGGGAUUGUGCUAUCCGAAUCGAUCAUCCUCUCUGUAGGAGGGGGUAUUUUAGGAUGGAUGGGCGCCCAUUUCCUAUUAUUCUGUGCCAGUCCUAUCGUGGAGUCCCGCACGGGCGUGCAGAUUGGGCUGUUCGACCUGGCUCCGCUCCCGAGAACGCUUGAAGUUCAGCUACCUUCGGCGAUAAUAGAGAACGACUGGAUUGGCCCUCUUUUCAGUCUCGAGUUAGUGAUCGUCCCGGCUCUGAUCCUGUUGGCAGUCUUA